GGUCUGUGUGCGGGUAAUUGUCAACUCUAAAGGCACUGGUUUUAGAGAGAGAAAAAGAGGAGAGAGAGAGAGAGAGAAUGGAAGGAGAGAGAAGAAUUGGGGUGGCGGUGGAUUUCUCGGCGUGCAGCAGAAAAGCGCUGAAAUGGACGGUGGAUAACGUUGUCCGGGAUGGGGAUCACCUUAUCCUGAUUAACGUACAACCCGAAGGAUACUAUGAGGGAGAGAUGCAGCUCUGGGAGGCCACUGGUUCUCCUUUAAUCCCUCUAAGUGAAUUGUGUGAUCCCCACACUCAGAAGAAGUAUGGGGUGAACCCCGACCCUGAGACUCUUGACAUUGCCAGUACCAUAGCAAGGCAGAAAGAGGUUGUGGUGUUGAUGAAGAUCUAUUGGGGUGAUCCCCGUGAGAAGAUAUGUGAAGCAAUUGAUAAGAUCCCUCUUAGCAGCCUUGUUAUUGGUAACAGAGGCCUUGGCAAAAUUAAGAGGGUGAUCUUGGGAAGUGUUAGUAACCACGUGGUAAACAAUGGCCUCUGCCCUGUAACUGUGGUCAAGCAUGUGCCUGCAGAUCACCAUGAAAGCUAAAUCCUUAAUUUGUUCAUAAUAUUUAGUGAACAAUGCUUUGUGAAUAAGUGCAAAGUUCAUCCCUUUAAUGGGUUUCUUUUGCCCGUCGGACUUCUAUUAUCUUUAUGUAAUUUAGUGUGGAGUUUUAAGAUAUCAACACUUGUAAGUGUGUCGAGAAAUUUAUCUAAUUCCAAACUAUAUUGGACUA